CCUUUGGCCUCUCCCACAACUAAAUAAUUAUAUUUGGAGGAUCUGAUUUUUUGGUAAGCUACGAUUUUACAUCGAAAUACUAUUUUGCAAAAGUUUUCAUAUCGGAAUACUGUAAUGGACAUCCCUUGACUAGAAUUUUUGUUUUGAAAUCGAAUUUUUGACCAAAAAGGACAUGUGCUCUGGGCCAUUUUCUCAUUUUUUUUUAGCAGCUAGACCAAAAUGGUCGACGGCUCAUGGGAGAUCCUGUUUCAGAACUCUUAAACAUUUUUCAUUUCACAUUAUUCUAUCAAUUAACACCAAGUAAUCAGGUUCAUUUUCAUAAAACUCCCCCAGAACAUACAAAUUGAGCCGCCACCGUGUGUGACGGUUUGAGGCACAUUACUUCAUAUUACUUGGUGACUGAAUUAUGCAGUCAUAUUGUCCAUCUGUUUCCGGCACCAAGUAAUGUGAAGUAAUGUGCUUCAAACCGUCAUACACGGUCUCGGAUGAAUUUGUAUGUUCUGGGGGAGUUUUUAUGAAAAUGAUCAGCAUCAAUAGCCGAGUCGAUAGAGCCAUGUCUGUCUGUCCGUCUUGUUUGUCGGCUAGUUCUCAGAGACUAUAAGAGCUAGUGCCACCAAAUUUUUCAUCCAGACUUCUGUAUGCUCAUUGGUAUUGCUAUUGUUAUAGCCAGAAUGAUGGAAUUCACUUGCACUCAUUCAUUCCAGCAGCAUUUCUGUCUGUCGGACGCCGACAAUACAGUGGUGGAGAUAUGCAAGGAUCCCUCUGAGGCUUCUUCAGAUAAAUCUCCACCACCAGGCAGCAACGGCUGCCCUCUUACUCCGCUUGGAAUCGUGCGGAGGCGACGUAAUCCUAAUCCAGGAGCCUUGGGUGGUUGGAGAAAGGUCUGUGGAUUAGCGACGAAGGACUACAAGCUGAUUGUACCAGCAAAGGAAGCGAAUGCGACAACACAGCAGCUAGCCUAGAGCUGCAAGGGACACACCUCAGAGUGGUGUGGUUCUACAUGGCUCACGACCAAAGUGACCCUCCCAGUGACCUCGUCCGCAAGAUGGCCAGCGAGAUGUCAAACACAGGCCUACUGAUAGGCUGCGACGCCAACGCCCACCAUACCCAAUGGGGAAGCUCGGACAUAAAUGUAAGGUGUGAGUCACUUUUCAGCUUCAUCCUAAACUCUAAUCUGGUCCUUUGUAAUCAGGAAACAACCCUACCUUCUUUAUAAAGAACUGACAGGAGGUCAUAGACCUUACCCGGGUGUCCCAUAGCAUACUAGGCUUAAUUAAGGGCUGGAGAGUCCUAGAUGAGCACUCCUUCUCCGACCAUAGGUACAUGGAGACGAUAAUAUCUCUCGAAUGCCCAAUAGUUAUAAAUAGUUAUAAUAGUUAUAUCAACCCCAGGAAAGCCAACUGGGAGAUAUACUCUAAAACCCUAGAAGAACUUCUUCCCCCAAUAGCACCAACAUGCCCUGAUACAAAAGACGACCUUAACAGCCAUGUAAAUAGAUUCACGGAGGCAAAGUAUUGGAAUAUGCAGACAACGUUGUCCUAGUGUUCACGGGAAAAUUUUCCCAGACGCUCUGUGACCUCAUGACCACAAAACUUGCGCGAGUGUCAGAAUGGACAAGAUCGUGCGGAUUGGGUGUAAAUGCCUCGAAAACGGAACUUGUACUAUUCACUAACAAGUACAAAACUCCGCCACUUAACCCCCCAACAUUAAACAAAUGCAGGUUAACCUUUAGCAACAGAGCCAGUUACCCUGGAUUGGUAAUAGUAAGGAAGUUAAAUUGGAACCUAAACACGAAAGAAAGAGUGAAGAAGGCCACUAUGGCUCUAUACACCUGCAAAAAAGCCAUCGGACUAAAAUGGGGCAUGAACCCACGUAUAGUCCAAUGGAAAUACCAAGCUGUUGCCAAACCAAUACUGCUCUACGGAGUCACAGUAUGCUGGCCGGCUCUGUCAAAAAAGACAACCACCGCUCAACUGGCAAAAGUCCAACGAACGGCCACUCUUUGCAUCAGUGGCGCUCGCCGCACCACACCAAAUGAUGCACUAAAUGCCAUCCUAUGCCUGCAGGGGAUAGACCUUGCAGGGGAAGAACAGGCAGCAAGGGCAGCAAUACGUCUGCGAGAUUCGGACCUAUGGACGUCACAACCAUAUGGUCACUCAGCGAUCUUAAGGGACACUAAUAUAGUACCUCAUAGGACUGAUUAUUGCGUUCCCAGAGAGUACACAGCCAACCCCUUCGAGGCUAUAAUCCCCCCCAGAGAGGAAUGGCUCGAGGGCACACCUGGCCCAACGGGGUCCAUAAACAUCUUUACAGAUGGAUCCAAGCUAGACAACAAAGUUGGCGGAACAAUCUACUCCGGGCAACUAAAUAUGAGGCAUUCCUUUCUCCUUCCAGACCACUGCAGUGUCUUCCAAGCGGAAGUCAUUGCUGCAAAUGAAGAUGCCUUCAAGAGAUCUCAGUCGCGGGUACUCACCUAAAUAUCUAUAGUGACAGCCAGGCGGCACUGAAAUCACUAAACGCGAUUUCGUCGAAUUCGACCUAUGGGUACUACCAGCACUAUGGGUAAAAAGCCCGAAUUUUUGGCAUUUAUUUAAUUUAUUUUGGGUAAAAUAUUUGAAUGCGACUUAACUUUUCUGAUUCCUAAAUACCCACAUAGAACAAAACUGGUUUUAGAAGAUUUUUACCUAGUACCAUAUGUUUUUUGAGCGCUUUUAACGUCGGCUGAUUUUGAGAUGCUUGGACUUGUGAAAAAGUGCGGGAAAAAUUGAGCAACUUGCAGAUGUAAUUGUAGCUCGAUUACAAAGU